AUGCAGAACAGAGGAACGCAGCCCACUAUGAGCAAUCCAGAGCUAAUCAGCCUUAACCUGUCUCUGGCUAAACGACGGCAAUUAUGGGAAGUGUACGUGACGAUACCACAAAACAGCACACUUUCAGGCGAGAAUUUGACCGAAGUGUCAUUGGCCGUGGGGUUAGGGCUGGCUCUCCCCAGACCCGUAAAUGCGGAAAGAGGCUGCGGGGCUAUUGGUUUCAAAGUUUCAGCUUUUGAAGUCUUGGUGGCGGAAGACGCGUCGGCACCCCGCAAGAGGACGUUCCGCACGUUCUCCUACAGGGGCGUAGACCUAGAAAAGCUGGUGACGCUUCCCCUGGACAAGCUCGUCGAUUUGCUCAGGGCUCGGCAGAGGAGAAAGUUUAGCAGGGGGAUCAACAUGAAGGCUCUGCCUUUGAUGAACAAGUUGAGAAAUGCGAAGAAGCACCUGCCUUAUGGAGAGAAGCCGCCUGUUGUCAAUACUCAUCUCAGGAAUGUCGUGGUGGUGCCGGAGAUGAUCGGCUCGGUAAUUGGAAUCUACAACGGCAAGCAGUUCAUCAAUGUAGAAAUUAAGCCAGAGAUGGUUGGCUACUACCUCGGAGAGUUUUCAAUGAGCUACAAGCCCGUGCGCCACGGAAAGCCGGGCAUUGGCGCUACACACUCUUCUCGUUUCAUUCCUCUAAAGUAA